AUGCAAAUCUUCGUCAAGACUUUAACUGGCAAGACUAUCACUCUUGAAGUCGAAUCCAACGACACAAUCGAGAACGUGAAAAGCAAGAUCCAAGACAAGGAAGGAAUUCCACCUGAUCAACAAAGACUCAUCUUUGCCGGAAAGCAAUUAGAAGAUGGAAGAACCUUGUCCGACUACAACAUUCAAAAGGAAUCCACUCUCCACCUUGUCCUCAGACUCAGAGGUGGUAUGCAAAUCUUCGUCAAGACCCUCACUGGUAAGACAAUUACUUUGGAAGUUGAAUCCAACGACACCAUUGAAAACGUGAAGAGCAAGAUUCAAGACAAGGAAGGAAUUCCUCCAGACCAACAAAGAUUGAUUUUCGCUGGUAAGCAAUUGGAAGACGGAAGAACUCUCUCCGACUACAACAUUCAAAAGGAAUCCACAUUGCACCUUGUUCUUAGAUUAAGAGGUGGAAUGCAAAUUUUCGUGAAAACUUUGACAGGAAAGACCAUCACUUUGGAAGUUGAAUCUAACGACACAAUCGAGAACGUCAAGUCAAAGAUUCAAGAUAAGGAGGGGAUUCCACCAGAUCAACAACGUUUGAUUUUCGCUGGUAAGCAAUUGGAAGAUGGCAGAACCCUUUCCGAUUACAACAUCCAAAAGGAAUCAACUCUUCACCUUGUUCUGAGAUUAAGAGGUGGUAACUAG